AGCCUUUUUACACUGUUUUCAGGGAUUUUUCUGCACUCUCACCAAAUUUUUCUCCAAAACUGCGAGGACUGCCUUACUGUGGACUAUACAUUUUCUCAGAUUGAAGGAUCUGGUCUUUCAUCCGUCUCUUUGUGCUGAAAACAGUCUGAGACUGUGAGGGCUGCUCUGGGCAAGGCUGUUAUAUUUCCCUGUUACAUUCGAGUGGAUGAAUACGUUUAUGAGGCUCUUCGUAGCAGAGAUGGGGCAGGACCAAACUAAGCAGCAGAUUGAGAAAGGUUUAAGCCUGUAUCAGUCCAACCAGACACAGCAGGCCUUGGUUGUGUGGGUGAAGGUGCUGGCGAAGACGACGGACCCCGGGGGAAGGUUCCGGGUGCUGGGCUGUCUCAUCACUGCCCACUCAGAAAUGGGAAUAUAUAAAGAGAUGCUAAAGUACGCUCUGGCCCAGAUUGACACAGCCCGGGAGAUGGAGGAUCCGGACUGCCUGGCAGAGGGCUACCUGAACCUGGCACGCAGCCACGAGAAGUUGUGUGACUUCCAGAAGACCAUUUCUUAUUGUAAGACAUGCCUGACCAUGCAAGGCACCACAGUUAGCCUGCAGCUAAAUGGACAGGUGUGCCUAAGCAUGGGAAAUGCUUUCCUUGGCCUCAGCAUCUUCCAGAAGGCACUAGAAAGCUAUGAGAAAGCAUUGCAUUUUGCACACAACAACGACGACAAGAUGCUAGAAUGCCGCGUCUGCUGCAGCCUUGGGAACUUCUAUGUCCUUCUCAAGGACUACGAGAAGGCCCUGUUCUUCCCCUGUAAAGCAGCAGAGCUUGUGAAUGACUAUGGCAAGGGCUGGAGCCUGAAGUACCGUGCUAUGAGCCAGUACCACAUGGCCGUAGCGUACAGGAAGCUGGAGCGCCUACCAGAUGCCAUGGAAUGUUGUGAGGAGUCCAUGAAGAUUGCUAUGCAGCAUGGAGACCGUCCUCUCCAGGCACUGUGUCUUCACAAUUUUGCUGAUAUCCACCGCUGUAGGAAUGACGUUGAAAAAGCAUUCCCACGCUAUGAGUCGUCGAUGUGCAUCAUGACUGAGAUCGGAAAUCGCCUUGGCCAGGCGUCCAUCUACCUGGGAGUGGGGAAGUGCUGGCUCCAGCAGAAGGAACUUGAUAAGGCCCUGGACUCUCUGCAGAGGGCACAAGAGGUCGCAGGGGGGACUGGAAACAAGCUCAUCUCCCUAAACGUACACUGUCUGAGCGAGAGAAUCUUCCGGAUUCAGGAGAAACACGAGGAGCUGCGGGAGCAGGUGGUGAAGUUCCUUCAGUGUGUGGAGGAGCUGGAGCUAUACUGUGCAUUGUGUGGGGAGUCCAUAGGGGAGAAGAACCAGCAGUUGCAGGCCAUGCCCUGCUCCCAUAUCUUCCACCUGAAGUGCCUUCAAUCCUCUGGGACCAAGGGCUGUUCGAAGUGUUGCCGCUCAUCAAUGAAGCCGGGCUUUGUGUGAGGGAGAAGCUUCCAGAUCGCGUUGCUGUGAAGGACACACACAUGCUUCCACACGGUGGGAUGCCAGGAACUCAUUGUACAAGUGGUGCUAAAAUCCAGGGCGUACUCGCACAAUAUGAAGGCUGGUCUGGGUUUACAGGUACCGAGCAGUCUCUUGAGUGGCCUCCAGGCAGGAUAUGACAGACUCCCUUCUCAUGGGUGAUCAGGGGAACCGCAGCUGUGAAAGGCCCCUCUUUCCUCCAUCAUCUCAUUACAUUUUGCUGAAAUCAGCAAUGCUUUUAUUGUAUUUAUCCUUAAUAGUAAUUAUCUAAAUGGAGUAAUACUUAGACCCUUUAACAAAGAAAAACUUGCUUUAAUUCAGCUCAGUAACUCUUUUGCAUUUUUCACAUUGAAUGUAUAGAAAGAUGUGAAAAAAGCUGAUGUUUUGAAAAACUCAAAUACAGAAUUAUAGAUGAAAUGCAAUGCAGAAUGCCGGUUGUUUAAAUCUCACAAAACAACUUCGCUCGCAAACAUUAACUACCUAACUUAUAGUUAGAUCUAGUUAAUUAGCUGGUAGGUAGUGACUACCAUAAAUGUCUACCUGCAUUACAUUAUAAAUAUACUUAAUUUAUUUACUUCAUGUUACUCACAGUUAUUGCCAUUUAGUUCCAUGUUAGCUUCUGCUGUAUUGUUGCAUGCUGGCAGCUCAUUCUUGCUACCAUCUUUGAAGACCUAAUCUGAUAGGAAGAGAUUGCUAUCAUGAAUCUCUUCAAAAUCAAUUAUCUUUGCAGAAGAACAAAAAUAAAUGACAUCCCAUGCAUGUUGCAUUUAAUGUAGGCAAAGAAUAUCAGUUGGUCCUACAGUUUUAGCUACAUCCUUAACUUCGAUUAGCAAUGUAAUUAUUUAAUGAAUAUAAUUCUCCUAGUCCAAAGGCAAUCAAUGUGCCUCUUUGCAUGGGGAUAAAUAAUCAACCAGAGGGAUUGAUUUUGUCAAUUUUCUUGUCAGGAUACCUAGGUAGAACAGCAAGGCCCAUUUAAAACUUUUUCAGUAUUUGGCAUUGCAUUGGGAUUCUGAAAUGCAAGCUAGAUCGUGAGGUCGCCAACAGCUUUGUACAGCCUCUGAGAUACAAACCUUUUGGGAAUGGGGUUAUUAUGAUAGGUGACAUGUUCGUUAACUUUUGGAAAGGCAUGUCUACAGUUGACUAAUAUGUGUGACUCAUUUCCAUUUUAUUCUCUUUUUGUGUCAGUGACAAUAUCAAGGAGAAUCUAUGUAUUGUAUAAAACAUUUUAAAAGGUAAUCAUUGCAUGUUCAGAUGACUGGUAGACUUAAAGUUUGAAUGACCAUUCAACAAAUUAAUUAUUCCCACACAAUAUCUUGUAAAACAAGUGAAGUUUGUUAAUAGUGCAUUUUAGUUAGUUUAAUGGAACCUAUAAGAUACAAACUAUUUAGAUCUUUAUUAAUAACUAACUUACAGAGACCUUGGCAAGCAUGAACAAGGACACAAGAUACAUUUAGAAUUUUUUUUAUGUCAUUGAAAACAAAAGGUGGGAAUUACAAAAUCACACACAUCCUUUUGAAAAGUAUGAAAAAUUGUUUUGGUGUUAAACACUUGACCAUUAUCUUUGGAGAGAGGUGAGUCUAUUUUACAUGUUAAAUGUGUGUAACAUGAUCCACAAAUAAGACGCCUCACAAAUGUGUUUUACUAUCUACAAAUAAAUAUCUCAAGUAUCUUAUAAAUUGCGAUUUAAAUGAUUCUGCGCUGAUUUAUAGAAAUGCAUACAUAUUUGUGAAUACGUAUUUUCCCCUUUGCUCAAAGACCUCAUAUUUUGUAUAUGAAGAGCAAAAAUGUGUGUCCAAUAUCCAUGUGUAUUUUUUGCAAUAACCAAGUCUCAAAUGUGAAAUUGACAAUCUACACACAAGUAGCUAUCCAUCCACAAAUGUGGCAUGCUACUUUUUCUGUGUUCCUGAAGGGAAGUAAGCCAGCUACUGUCGUGUUCUUCCGUGGUUGUGGUGUAUGGGAAGCCAAAAGGGUCACAAUUGGCCAGUUUUUCUCCAUGGUCCCUUUCACCUGCUCAAAUGGAUAGCACACACGGAAUUACUCAAUUUUGUUCAUAGCCAGCUAGCUAUCUGAAUCUGACGAAUUCCACUGUAAUUUGAGGAUGCUAGCCAGCUGAUCGGGGGGGUAUUUCACAAAUUAGGAUUACUUUGUUAUUGAAUAAAUUCAAUUUGUAAAAUCAGGUGUUGUGUCAAACUGUUCCUUCUAGAGUUGCUGCAAUGAUUCCAUAGAAGUUACAUACAGCGUGUUUUGGAAUCAGUUCACUCCUAAGAAUGAAUAAGCACAUGAUACCAUGGCAAGUGAUAAAUACUAAUACUUUACCAUUUCCAGUGAUUUGUCAAUUUCCAAUACAGAAAUGUUCUGCUUGUCAAUGCCCCAAGCUGCUUUUGAGAUUUUAUUCUGAUAUGCCUGGAUAAAUGUGCUUUUGUAAUUUGUAUGCCAUAAUGUCAAAUUCAAGUGUACACAUGCCCACGCAUGUCACUUAAUCCAGAAAUUCUGAUUCUACACUUUACAAACCAAUUUUUAAUUUGAAACUGGGUUAAUUAUAUUCAUUUAAAUGGCAAUUCAUGCAAUACAAGUUGAGAUAAUUUGUGGAUCCAGUUACAUGCAUUUGUCAAUACUAUUGAGACUACUCUCUCUAUGGUUAUCCUGCUGUGCUUGUGGUUCACAGUCUACUAGGUAACUAAUCAUCCAUUUAGAUAGUGUAAUGUAUAGUUUAAUGUAUAGUUUCAUUUGUGAUGAUAUGCCAUUCGGCGGAACUUGAACAUAAACGUUUGUUAAUG